CGGCCGAUUCACAUCGAUUUCGCUUUAGUCGUUGUUUACCGUCGCUGCGAGUUCAGCUGGCCGCCUCACUCGCCGGGUGAAUCCAGCCGGAAAGGGAAGAAGAGAAGAGAGGUCUGUACGGGAGGCGUACGGGAGAAUCGAUCGAGAAUUUAAUUAAUGGCGAGUGGUUUUCCAAGGAUCUACCGUAUCUAAAAAUCCACAAAAAAAGGAGAAAACUGAAAAGAAGGAGAAAGGACUGGAAUUUUCCUCUUCAAAGGGGAUUAUUUAGUUUCGUGGCGGGAUUCACACGUGCACCCUUUUCUUCGCGGCAAACGAGAGACAACUCAGCAGUAACGAGAGGAAAGAAAAUAAUAGCUCCAGACGUUAAUCAUACGUCGAAUGAAGAGAAGAAAGACAAAUAUUCUUCCACUCGUCUUUUGUACACUUAGAGGAGAUAGCAAAGAAAUAUACGGCUGCUGCAGAGUCUUUACAGUUGGCGGGCUUUUAAUUAUAAAAAUCAUCAGGCAAGUAUCAAGAGAGUGCUGUCGAGGCUUUCGGUAGCACGAGAAAGAAGGGUCGUUCUGAGUUUUGUGCUUUUAGCCGUGGAAGUUGUCACGCGUCGAGCGAAGAGGAUAGGCGACGAAGUACCUCCGGGUUUCUCGGUGAUCGCGUCGAGUGUACCGGAGAAGUAUACGCGACGAGGAGUUUAGUCUUUUUGCUUGUAUCGGCAGAUGCGAGUAAAAAGAACGGCGUACAGUAAAUCCGAAGAAGUCUCCGCUAUUGAGGGACAGGAGGUCCGCUCGUGUCAUUGUCCUGAUCGCGGAAAGUGUCGCUUGGCGAGUGACAAGUAUAAAAUAAGUCGUGAAAAAGUAGCGCGAAAAAGAGUUUGCGAAGCAGAAGAGGAACCGGGUGAGUGUAAAAAAAUCGACGCGGGGCCGACGAGCGUGAAGGAGAACCAGGGGCAAACGAGGGGGAGAUGCCAGGUAGUUUUCCGCAGUUUGAACGGCAAGGUGGACUGGAGGAAGACGAGAAAACUUACAGCGGCUGAAAAAGGGUGAUCCCGGCAGACAAGAAGAGCUGAGCGGACAACGUUAGAGGACAAUUCUCUCUUUUCGUGAGUGCGAUCAGAUAGACGCGGGAUAAGAUUAAACGGAGAAAAGGCCGAUUCGUGGGCCAAGGAGACGAAAAGAGAGAGAAAGAGAGAGAAAGGGGAAGCUCUCUCUCUUGGGAAUAAGUGUACACGAGGAGGAAGACGAGGCAGCGAGAAACUAAGAAGCAAGCGGCAAACUUUCGAAACGGCGUAGCGAUUGAAGAAAUAGCAAUUAGAUGCAACGAGGACGAUGAUCGGAUAAGAAUGAAGAAAUUCGCGUUGCACUUUGGAAUUAGCAUUCUGCCUUUCUCGCCCUUGAUCCUCGUGGGCUUGCUCGUCGCAGCGGUUUCGAGAGUAUCGACUGAGCUUGUCGGCAUCGAGAGGUAUUUCGGCGGCACGCCGAUGCACGCUGUACAGUUUACGCAAAAAGGCUAUAUUCAGUUCCUCAAAUGGGAAUUGUCGGUGCCGGAAAUUCACGAAUUUACAUUCUGCCUCUGGGUGAAGUCGACCGAUCUCACGUAUCCCCACUCGAUCCUCUCGUACUCAAGGGACGAGCGGGAACGUUUGAUUCGAUCUUGGAUAUCAUCGCGCGGAAGAAGCAUUCACCUGGAAAUCGGCGGCGUGGAGGUGCUCCGAAGGUCGGUUCGCAUACGCGAGCACCGCUGGUAUCACAUAUGUCAAAGCUGGGAGAAUCGGGUCGGUCGUUACGCCCUAUGGCUCGACGGACAUUUGGCGUCGCAAGGUCGCUCCGAAGAGAUGACCGGUCACGUGAUCCCGGAGGGCGGCGAUGUCGUCCUGGGUCAGGAAUACACGGACUUCGACAAGGGGCUCGAGGAGGGCAUCGAGGGCUCGGUUUUGGGCUUCAAUCUUCUGCUGGCCUCGGCGUUCGAUUCUCUCGAUAAUAGCGGCCUUCCUCAUCAAAGGCCUUCAUUCCGCACGACCAAUGAAGCCACUGGUUCGACCGAGGAGAUUCACCUCGCCGCGGAAACCCGGACGGGAAUAGUGAAGCGCGAUUCGGAUCCCGGAGCGACGCGUGCCCUCGACAGGCUUGUGUCGGUCCUAUUCGCGCUCCGUCCUAAUUGGUCGCGUAGAAUUUCUCGAAUGAACAAGGCGGAAGCGGUGGGGGACUCCGCAAUCUCGCCACCCCCGCUGAAUAUUACUAAUGACUCAAAAAAGGAAGAGACGCCGCAGUCGAUUGGCAGGCACGCGAUCGCUCCCGGCAUCGACGACUGGGCCGGAGAAAUCGAGCCGCUUGGAAAAUCGCCGGGCGUCCCCUUAGGUUUGCAAUUAGUGAAAUUGUCCUACGUCCGUUGCCAACUGGGCAGGGGUAGCCCGCCCAUAGGUGGCCCGCUGAUGUUGAUUUCCUGGAGCAGGACGCCCGUGAGAGUGUUCGGUGGCGCCAUUAUAAAGAACGUCGACAACGAGUGUGGCAAAUUCUCGGAGGCUCGAGCCAAUAAAGAGGGAAGCGUGUAAUUGAAGAUUGCGAAAAAAAAGAGUGCCGAAAAACUCGGAGACGAGAUUCUUAGAAAAUUGAAAAUUGCAGUUUAGCAAUUAAGCUUAAAAUUUAUUUUCCUUUUUUUAAUUUCUGAGUGAAGAAGACUUGGCUGGCUUCUUUAAAGAAGAACUUUUUUGGCGUAAGAUUAGAGCAUUUAGAUAGUUUUAUAAAAAUCUGGAUUGGAUACGCGAUUCCAUAUUUCUUAUAUUUCUAUAGUUUUUUAUAUUCUUCCUGGCAAAGAUUUUUCCUUGUUCCGUUUUUUUCACAAGCUGAAUAUAAUUUUUCAAUUUUGUAAAAAACACGAAGAAGCACGUUCUACUCGUACACGAGAAGUUUUUUUCUCUCUCUUCUCUUAUAUUUACCUUCGAAAUUAUGAUUGUGGGACAACUUCAAAGAAUUUAAUUCUAUUAAAAUUUUACUAAAUAAAUAAAAUUUUAUAGUCAAAUUCUUUGAAAUACAUAUCCUACGACGUGAAUUGGAGGCUAAACUCCAAGAGAAAAUUCUCAUCGUGCACCUUUAAUUGCACCUACAUCAAAAGAAUCAAUUUCAGAUUCUUUACUCCGUAAAAACCUGAUUGCCAUUGACGCUAUUCUCGUUGAGAAGGCGUUCCCUUCUUUCUUUAAUAGUACAUUUUUUUUACACAAAAUCUUCUAUUGUUCGCACUAUUUGAUCAGUGCCAUUGUAACGAGCUUAAAACAAUCACAACUAGACAAUAAGCGUAAGCGAAACUAAUGAUUUUGGUCUCGACAAUUUACGCCUUGUGCAUACAUGGCUAAAACUAAUUUUCACCGCGACAUUCGACUAUCCGCGUAACACCCUCGUGAUUGCGCGAGUUCGGGGAGUUUCAGGCCGCACGCUUAUGGUCGCACGCGAAUCUCCGGAGUGAAACCUCCGCCACCCGUCCGCAAUCGACGAUCUCGUUUCGCGUAUCGAUCCACGUCGCGCGUUAAUUAGUUUCACAGAAUUCCCUUGAACGCAAUCGCGACGGGAGAAGGGAAGGAGAAAUGUCCCGCGAAAACCGCGACACCGGCCUGGCGAAAUUGUUGAAUGUCAGUGGCGUAGCUAUCGAGACAAGGAGCAAAUGAGUUGCAAGGAUACGCGGAACUUGCAAAGCUCAUGUCUUUUUUUUCAAGUAGAAGAAGAAAAAGAUAGUCAGGCGGACCAAACGCAUUCACGAGAGGGCGUCUAAAAAUUGUCUUAAUAGUUGUAGAAGCAGUAAAAUUUGCAUAAGGUUCUCAUUGCGGCUUAUCUCGGUGUUAAGACAUCUCGUAGUUACAGAACAAAACGUUAUGGAAUAAAACGUUAACGUUGGACUAUAUAAAUUCAACGUGAAUUCUUUAUAAGAAACCAUGCUACAAGACACUAAUACAUUUUUUAUUUUUUUUGCGUAUGAUCUUAUUAUUAUUGUAUGAAGCGUCUCAUUUAAGGAUGUCUGACAUCUUAAAGUAUUACUAAAAAUUUUAGAAAUUCAUAGAUUGAUCUGUUAUUAUAUUUGGAUAUCUGUAUAAAAUUUAGCAUAAUUCUCUCUCUUUUUCUCUCUUAUUGGUACAAAAAUUAUUUUUCUGAUUUUUGUUUGCUCUUGACUCUCUCUUAUGUAAAAUCGCUGAUUGCAGUAUUUAUUUACAAAAAUGAGGAAACAACAUUACGCUUUAUAUAAAUCAUUUUUUCUUACAUACAAUACAACACUAAUAAAUGCAAAAGUUUAUUUGGAUCCAUUUACUCGUUUGAGAUAUUUACCCAAAACUUCAACAAAACAAAACAACUUCACUUUUGUUGCAUAAAUUAUUACUAGCAAGAUUUUUUAUUUUGUCCUUUGCAACUGAUUUUAGUUUAAAAUUCAUGUUUUUAUGACUAAAAUGUUUUAUUAUUGAUUUGAAGAAAAAAAAAUAAACGAAAAAUCCUGCAAUUUUUUUACAAUUUUGAUAACUUUUAGCUGUUAUUGUAUACUCAAAAUAUAUUUAAAUAACAAUCUUUUACUCAUCAUAUAUGUAAUUUUGACUCACGCAGCUUACGUAUGUAAAUACAGCAAGUAAAUUUAUAAAAAUAAAAAGAAAAACUGAGCAAAAGUGUGAAUUAAAAAGCGCGAUUGUGCGAAGACGAUUUUGAGCGCCCCUUUGAACAUUUUACGUCUCUCGACACGAACGCCCAACAAAUUCUAGUUACGCCACUGCCCGUUCGUUGUCUCUUUGUAAGCGGAGUUUCGACACUGACGUUUCACGGAUGCGGAUUUUCCGCUGACGUUGAUAACGCCGGCGAACGAACGCGGUGGUGUCUGAGGAUCCGGCCGUAAAAGCGCUUUUCCUCCCGACGCGGCGGCGAGUCGCGCCGCGUGUUGAAAUUCCGUUUACGUCUCGCAAUCCGGAUCGCUGCCGGGAAAUAAAAUGUGUCGAAUAGUCGGCGUUACUCCCAUAAUGACAGUACAGAAUCUUCGCUCUUUGUAUAUACUACAACAAUAAAAUUGGAGAAAAUUGGAUACACUCGUACACGAAAAAAAUGUUUUUGCUGAAGCAAUAACUGAAUAAUCUAAAAAUUGAAAUUGAUAUCAUUUUGUAAAAAUAUUUUUUUACCAUUAAAAUGCUCAUGUAGGACGUUCAAGCAUACUGAACAAGAUUGUAAAAUGUUUCGAUAUUUUAGCAUAUAAUUAUUUUGAUGGAUAAACAAAAUUAUUUUCAGAUCUGUAUCUAGUUAAAUUUUUAAACACUUCAGCAAUAUCAAAUCAUACAGAAUACAUGUGUAUUUCUAUAUGAAACUGACAACGAGAUUAAAUAUAUAAGUUCGAAUCUUUAUGAAUACCUCAAAAAGUGUUAUUUUCACACAAACAAUUUUAUUGUGUUAUCUAAGAAUUUAGCUAGAUACAGAUCAGAAAAUGAUUUUAUGUUGGAUUAUCAAAAUAAUUAUAUAAAACGUUCAA